AUGUUAAAUUCAACUUUCCAACAAUCAUCACAAUCAGAAUUUGUGAAAGGAUUAGAAUUUCGUUAUGUAUGGCAUAAAAUUAAUCAAUACGAAAUGAUUUUUCAACCAUUUUGGUAUUUGAUCGAACCAUCGGUAUGUACAAAAAAAAAAUAUGCAAAAAUACUUGUUUACAUUGCAAUAACACCGGACGAGAAUGGUUUAUUAAUUAGAAAUUUAAUUAGAAAUACCUGGGCAAUUGAAGCUAAAAAUAAUGAAAUUGAGAUAGUCUUUUCAAUUGGAAUUGGAAAUGGUAGAGAAUUAAAUCAAAUGAAUAAUACCGAUGCAAUUUUUGAGGAAAACAUGCAAUUUCAUGAUAUUUUACUCGCAAAUUUUGUUGAUAGAUGGGAAAAUUUAUUGUUAAAAUGGUGGAGCAAUAAUUAUUAUCACAGUUCACAAUGUUCACAUAUUUCAUUAAUGGCUAGCAUAGAUUCAGAUGCUAUUUUAUUUGGUAAAAAUUUCAAAAAAUUACUCGAUACUAAGAGUAACACAUUUGAUGGAUAUUUAGGAUGCACGAUACUUUCAAAACAACCAAUUAUACGUGAUAAUUUUAAUCGUUAUUACGUGAAUAAAUGGCAAUGGCCUGGUGAUAUACUUCCAGUUUAUUGUAGUGGAACAAUGAUUAUUGGAAAUGUUCAGGCAUGCAAAAAAAUUUCAAAUGUUAUACCAGAACUUGGUAUUCAUUAUAUUACCGGAUUUCGAAUUUUUGAUGUUCUUACCGGACCAAUUGCUCAGGCAGCUGGAUUACAACUUCGAAAUAUUCCUGGAAUACAACCUUGGUUACCUGUAAUUGAUAUUUGUCAAUCGCAUAUCAUUGUCAUUCAUUCAGUAAAAAUGGAUGAAUUUAACGCUUUCUUCUAUUAUCGGUUGAUAAAUUUGAUCAUUUCAAUCAAUAAAUCUUAA